ACGCCAUCCCCACCGCAUUCCCUUACUCUUUUCUUUUCCUCUUCCCAAAAACACAAACCCACCAUUUUGACUCUUGGUUCUUUCUUUCUAUUUCUUUUUACCAUUUUGUCCCUAGUUUCAUCUUCACUGGUAAAGAAGAAUGGCAGUGGAGUUAAUGGGAUUCCCAAAAAUGGACGACCCAAAUAACAAAGCCAUACAAGAAGCAGCAUCCGAGGGCAUAAAGGGAAUGGAGCACCUCGUUCGCCUUCUUUCAAACCCUUCGCAAAACGACACCACUGACCUCACAAACGUCACCGUUUCCAAGUUCCGCAAACUCAUCUCCUUACUUAACCGCACCGGCCGCGCCCGCUUCCGCCGUGCACCAAUUUCAAAUUCCUCAGACACUUUAUCCUUCUCUCCGGCGACCUUCACUCCUCCCCCGCCGCCGCCGCACUCGCAGCCACAGCCACAGCCACAGCUACAGCCACAGCCGCUUGCGGUUGCUCCGGUCACCGUACACCACCCUUCUCCUCUUCUUCCGCCGCAGACUCUCACUCUUGACUUCACCAAACCUAACAACAGCUUCCUCACCAACGUAUCCAACAACGCCGGAGCCAAAUCCAUGGAGCUGGAGUUCUCGAAGGACACGACGACGUUUAGCGUCUCGUCGAACUCGUCGUUUAUGUCCUCCGCCAUCACCGGCGACGGCAGCGUCUCCAACGGCAAGCUCGGAACCUCGAUCUUUCUCAACCCUGCCGGGAAAUUGCCUCUCUCGUCGUCGGCGCCGGCUCCGGCUCCGGUCAAGAAAAGGUGUCACGACCACCACUCCGACGAUGUAUCCGGCAAGGUCUCCGGUUCUUCCAGCAAGUGCCACUGCAUCAAGCGAAGGAAAAAUAGGGUUAAGAAGACGAUAAGAGUGCCGGCAAUUAGUUCAAAGAUAGCUGAUAUUCCGGCGGACGAGUACUCAUGGAGGAAGUACGGUCAGAAACCGAUCAAAGGGUCGCCGUACCCAAGGGGUUAUUAUAAGUGCAGUACUGUGAGAGGGUGUCCGGCGAGGAAACACGUGGAGCGCGCACCAGAUGAUCCAUCUAUGCUGAUCGUGACGUACGAAGGGGAGCACCGUCACUCCAUUCAGACCGCGAUGCAGGAUAACAUUUCUUCUGCGGGAGUGGGUUUGGUAUUCGGGUCAACGUAAGGUUCGAUUAUUAGAAAAAGAAAAAGAAAAA